UUUUCUGUGUGAACACUCCUAUAAGUACUUGUUAUGAAUCUAGCCACAAUGCAGAACCCAAUUAAUAUACUGUCAAAUUACAUUUGGGAUUCGGGUUAAAGGAAUGAGUCUGUGCACUAAAGAUGUGAGGAUAAACUAUGUCAUUAGGGUUAUGCUAUGAGUUAUGUUAUUUUCUUUUAAUUAGCUAUUUUAUAAUAGCACUUUGGAAUCUCCCUUUUUUAUUUUUCUUUUGUUCUUCAAUCAGCUUGUAAGUUGUUUUAUGAUCAAUACGAACCUUAGUCUGUUACAUUGGUGCUUUCAUUGACUCCAUCAACUAUCUACUAUGGUGGACAACAAACUGACAACUCUUUCAUAUUCAACAAUGGGUUUCACUUCAUCAGUCUCUGGUUUUCAUUCUCUUACAGAAUCUAAUCAGAAACUGCUUCUAGCUCGGUGGUCUCAAGUUACUUCAAUGCAUUCUCAGCCAUUUCCAGUGGAGUUGGGUCGAUUCAGCGGCUAUAAUGCAGUGGGUUGGGUUUUACAGGCCGAGCUCUGUUUUGAUUUUUAUGCCAUCUCAAAUGCCCAUAAAUUACAUUAUGUCUCCUCCUAUUUCGAUGGUGAUGCCCUUGAAUGGUUUCAUUGGAUGUCUCGCAACAAUCAAUUAGUUGAUUGGAAGUGGUGCUGCGAUUUCAGAACAGCGCCGUUACUGCACCAAUGGGGAUUUUGGUUGAUCCUUUCCAGGCUCAUUUUGACUAUGCCAGAUAAUGAGGUCGUUAUGUCUCCAGAAGGAUUUGCAGCAACUACCGAAGCCCACCUAUUAAAUGAAUGUUCCCAACAAUCCAACCACAAGGUGUUUGUGGAUGAGCAAUUCGAUGUGACAACCUUCAGCUCGGAGGGUCACUCUGAUCUAGAAGAUGAAGUAUCGGAGGAAGUGUGCGAUAUACAGGCUUAAUUUGAAGGUUCAAUGAGUAUGGUUUAACAGACUCUAGUUGUUAACAACCAAGAGUUUUGCACCAAUAUCUAAAUGUGCAUCCGAUCUUAUUAGCCAUCGCUCAUGCUUAUUCCCCAAUUUCAACUCUUAUGCACCGUCUUAUGUCACCGGUAGACACAAUAAAUUUGAACUCUCGGGUGAGAAGCUUCCUCUCAGUCGAGUACUAGAUACUUGUUGUUGUCAUAAGAGAACAUGCUCAUAUCUCCAUUUUGAGCUUGAGCCAAUUCUAGAUAUUUUACCAUUUGGUAGUGUUGUGGAUGCUUGGGUUGAUACGGGGCAGUUAAGUUAUUCAGUGGUGUCUCUCAUUUAAUGCAUUUCAUGUGAUACCAACAAUGACGUUUGGAGAGAAUCAAGUUGCGGCUGUUGCAGACGAGUCUCUUGUUUUUACAUUGGAGUUUGAAGAGGCUUUCAAUCUGACUUUCUCUAUACUGAGAGGUUAUGACCUUUCCACACUAGCAUAUCACUGUAUUCCCAAGUCUACAGCCAUGCCUCUCUUAUUUCACACGCAUCAGAUGCACACGUCAAUGCCUUCACGAAGAUUUUUGUUGUAGCGUCUGCUAGGAUACAUGUUGAGAUAGAUAGGAAUUUUGCAAUGUGUGUCUCACACAAGACACCCGAGUUUUUCAAGCUGAAUCGAAAUGGACAAAUUUCCUUGGUGGACACACUUGAUAACCAUGUGUGUGAGAACAUUGCUAUUGCUUGCUAUGUUUCCAUGUGGCACCACCAGUGCAGGUUGAGAGCCACAACACUCUGGCUUAUUUGGCAAAGAAUGUUAGCCAUUAUUAUAAGCACAGUAAUGGUUCCAACAUUUGUGAUAUUCUAAUUGAUCUUAAUUUGGAGAAUUUGGGAGAUACUACUAUGUGAACGGAUUGAAGUUUCCAGAUCAUCUUAUGGUUCAAGUUCGAGGAUCAGAUCUUGUCAGGGUGGAGUCUGCUAAGAGGAUAAGUAAAUACGACAGGCUAAUGAAGCUCGUUAUUGUGUUUGCAGAUCUGGUUACGAUUAGGUGCAAUUAUCUGCAGUAUGAUUUAUGUUGAUCCUGAUGCAAAAGUGGAGUAUGAAUUUUGGGGCAAUAAUGAUGUUGAAUGUUGCAGCAAGUGCGAGAAUCAGCAGGCAUUUGUCAAACACUUCAAGGGAGCUGCCCAAGCACUUGAACAAAAUCACCUCACUCGCUAUUCCAUAAUAUGUUAUUUUCUCGAGGCAUUUCCUUUGCGCACACCGAGCAAAUCUGCUAGUGUUAUUGCAUAUCAACAUACGUUUUGGUGGAGCAUAUGUAAAUUUCCCAUACACAGUAUUGUGAAACAUCUGGUGCAUUAGGUUAUGGACUAAAUCACAGAGUUUAUUGGAAAAGAUCUAAGAAUGACAUGACCUAUUCUACCAGUAUUGUUGACAACACAAGCAGUUGUGAUUGUAACUCUUCGGAGAUGGGGAACGCAUGCUUAGUUAUUCAAGAUGUCAAUGUUGUUAUUCUUCAUAAUUUGGCUGUGCUUGAGGCAAACUGGCUCAACUGGUUGGUAGAUCAAAUGCACAGAGUUGGCAAUUGGAGUUUCUGGACAGGACUUCAUUUGGGAUGCUAACAUGGAUAGAGACAAUAUGAUCUUUGUGCUACUUUACUUGAACCUUGAGGGCAAGGUUCUUUUUGAGGGACAGAGUAAUGUUACGAAUCUAGCCAUGAUGAUUGAUAUACUGUCAAAUUACAUUUAAUUUGGGACCCGGGUUAAAGGAAUGAGCCUGUGCACAGAGGAUGAACUAUCUCAUUAAGGUUAUGCUAUGAGUUUUUCAUACGUUCAGCUGUCUUGGUAGAUAGUACAAGAUAAUGGUGUUAAUGUGCUAGUCUUCUUUCUCCUUUUUUUUUGGCUAGUAUCAUGUCGCAGCACUCUUAAGUCCUC